AUGUUACCAGGUGGUGUUAUUUUAGUCUUUGUUUUAGUUGGUUUAGCUUGUAUUGCUAUUGUUUCCACUAUUAUCUACAGAAAAUGGCAAGCUAGACAAAGAGGUUUACAAAGAUUCUAA